CGUGGGGUAAUAGGACCUUAGUAUAAGUAUACGUGUGUCUCAAUAUUUUAGAUACUCGUUCAUUUUUUCAAAUAAAAAACGACAAUACUAUAUGACUGAUAAAACGACAUACUCCAGCAAACCUACUAACCUUCUACCCUCAUACGCACACAUUCUCCACACUAUCUUAUCUAAAGUUAUAUCCUCAAUGAUGUAAAUUUUUAUCUAAUAUCUAUAAUUAAUCAACCAAAAAAAAAAAUUUACUAAUCUCAAAUAAAAAAAAUGUUUUAGUCAAAUAACAUAACUUCCCCACAUAAUCUAUAGAAAUUCUUUUUUCACACCCACCACGUGACUACUUUUUUGAACCGUCAAGAUCUAUCUCCCCACCUUUAAUUGCGGUCCAGAUUCACCCACGUUAUCUAACCCUUAUCACCAAAUGGACGGUUUUAAAUCCGCCACGUGUCGUACCUGAUUGAAUAUUAUACCCCACGAUCCAACGGACCCUGCAUUUUCGCUUGCUCUUUUCUCUCUCAUCUCUCUCUCUCCCCGGCCGGAAAAUAUUUCCCGGCGAACGUUUCUCCCUAAUUUUGGUCUGUCGGUUUUUGUUCCAUCUGUUUGUAUACAAUUUGUAUUUUUCUCGCCGGAGAAUCUACUUCCCCCUUUUAAAUUCUCGCCGGAAAAUCCAAACCCAGUUAACAUUUCCGGUACGGUGAUAAAGGUUUUUUUUUUCGUUUUUGUUGUUUUAGCAGUUUUUUCUGGAGUACCGUUUUUUUGAAUUUGGAGAAUUUGGGGAUUGGCGAUGGCUGAUUCAGACAACGAAUCAGGAGGUCACAAUAACGCGAACAGUGAAGGAUCAACAAGGGAACAAGACAGGUUCCUUCCGAUAGCAAACGUGAGCAGAAUUAUGAAGAAAGCUUUACCGGCGAACGCGAAAAUUUCGAAGGAUGCUAAGGAAACAGUUCAAGAGUGUGUAUCGGAAUUUAUCAGUUUCAUUACCGGAGAAGCAUCGGACAAGUGUCAGAGAGAGAAGAGGAAGACGAUUAACGGUGAUGAUUUGCUUUGGGCUAUGACAACUUUAGGAUUCGAAGAGUAUGUUGAGCCAUUGAAGAUUUACUUGGCCAAGUACAGAGAAAUGGAAGGGGAAAAAACUACUAUGGGUCGUACAGGGGAGAAAGAUGGGGGUGGUGGAGAUACGGCGGGAGGUGGUGGUGGUGGUGUUAGUUCUGGGGGUGGGUAUAACGGUGGUGGCGGCGGCAUGUAUGGUGGUAUGGGUGGUUCCAUGAUGUAUCAUCCUCAAGGUGGUCAUCAAAUGUAUGGUAGUCAUGGGUCAUAUAAUCAUAUGGGUAUGGGUGGCGGCGGCGGUGGCGGUGGUUCCGGUGCCGGAGGUUCCGGUCAAGGGCGGAGAUAGAUUCUAUAAACUUCAAAUUUUGAAUCGAUAACGAGCCAAAGUAGGUGGUAGUGGAAGUUUCAGAAUAUAAUAAACAUCAAAAUUCUGAAUAGAUAAUGGACCAAAAAGUAUACGGUAAUUGAGGAGGUGGAGGUUUCAGAAUAUUAUAAACUUUAAAUUCUGACUUAACAAUGAGCCAAAGUAACGAUGAUUGUGAUGGUGGAUUUAUAUUAUGAACUUUAAAUCCUGGCUUAAGCAACUAUGAUUGUAACGAUGAAACAAUGAUUAUGAUGGUGAAAUUAUAUUAUAAGCUUUAAAUUCUGACUUUGCGAUUCGAUUACAAAGCCAAAGCCAAGGCAAGGUGUUAGAAGAAGGUGGUGAUAAAUAUUAAUCAUAUGAUGUAUCAUUGUGUUGAUAGCUAGUUCUAUUACUUUACUUAGGUCCUUUUUUUUAUAUAAAAAAAAUAUGUAUAAUUUAUAUUUUUGAAGCACAUUGACAUGUGAGUUUUUAGAUAAUGCUUUAGCUUUUUGUUUUUUUUUUCUUUUGAAGUUGGGAGUAUUGGUAGUAGUGGGUUACAUGUGUAGUACUUUUGUGGAGAAAAGGAUAUUGUUGAUGGAGAAAAAAGAAGUAAUAGUACUAUAUACAUGAUGAUAUAUUAUAACCUUCAAUGGAAGGCACUUGAAAUAUGUGUAUUUUAAUGGAACAAUGAAUGAGAUGCCAUUUUAUGUGUUC